AUGAAGCUCUCAUACACCAUUGGUCCUUGCCUUGCCGGCCUGGCCAUCGCCGUGCCUGUGGCCGGCCCUGGUGGCGCGGCCGGUGUCCCGGAUGAGGACUUGUCUAAUCUCCUUGGCGCUCUCACUCCUUCCAACAAUGGCGUACAGGGUGGCGGUGCAGGCGGCGCAGGCGCCGGUGGCCUCGACGCCCUCUUGAACGGUCCGCUGAAGAAUGGCCUCGGGGGCAUGAACCUGGGGGAUCUUGCCAAUUUGUUAGGUGGUGGUGCUGGAGGCAACGCCGGAAACAAUGCUGCUAACAAUGCUGGAAACAAUGCUGCCAACAAUGCCGGUAAUGAUGCUGCCAACAAUGCCGGUAAUGAUGCCGCCAACAACGCUGGCAAAGAUGCUGGUAACAAUGCUGGCAAUAACGCUGCCAAUAACGCUGGCAAAGAUGCAGGUAACGCUGGUCAGAACGCUGGCAACGAAGCCGGUAAAGCUGCCGGUAAUAACGCUGGUCAGAACGCUGGUCAGAACGCUGGUCAGAACGCUGGUCAGAACGCUGGUCAGAACGCUGGAACGCUGGAGAACGCUGGUCAGAACGCUGGCAACAAUGCCGGCAAAGAUGCUGGCAACAACGCUGGCCAAAACGCUGGCCAGAACGCUGGCAAUGAAGCUGGCAAGAACGCCGGUAAUAACGCCGGUAACAAUGCCGGCAAAGCUGCUGGCAACAACGCCGGCCAGAACGCUGGCAACAACAAUGCCGGUAAAGAUGCUGGCCAGAACGGUGGCCAGAAUGGUGCCAACAAUGCUGCUAACAACGCUGGCCAGAACGCUGGCAACAACGCCGGCAAAGCUGCCGGCAACAACGCUGGCCAAAAUGCUGGCAAUGAAGCUGGCAUGAAUGCCGGCCAGAACGCUGGUAAUAACGCCGGUAACAAUGCCGGUAAAGCUGCUGGCAAUAACGCAGGCCAAAACGCUGGCAACAAGAAUGCUGGCCAAGAUGCCAACCAGAAUGCUGGCCAGAACGCCGGCAAUAACGCUGGCAACAAUGCCGGUAACAAUGCGGGCAACAAUGCAGGCAACGCGGGAGGUAAAAAGGCCGGGAAUGCUGGGAAUGCUGGGAAUGCUGGAAAUGCUGGAAAUGCCGGGAAUGCUGGCGGUCGCGAAGCUGCCCAGGCUCAACAACCCCAAGCUGCUCAGCAAAACUGCACCGUCGCUGCAAAUGAAACGGCAUCGAAUAACGAAUCUGCAAACAAGAACAAGAACAAGAUCGCCCAGGGAGCGGCAAGGCUUUGA